AUGGAGAGUGUCCCAGGAGAUUACAGCAAACGAGUAUACCAAGGCGUGAGAGUGAAGCACACGGUCAAAGAUCUCCUGGCAGAAAAACGAUCCAGACAGAGUGACUCCAGACUUAACGGCAGCGUCAGCUCCUCCCAGUCUCCCUUCGUCCAAAUGCCAGGUUCGCCGGUCAUGUCAGGUUACUAUGGCGUCAGAAGAUCUUUUUUGUCGGACUCAGACUUCCACAACAGUAAACCGUUUUCAAAUGACGUCUACACCUCCGGCGUGGCGAAGCCCUUUCCCGGCGAGUCGUCGGCAGGGCAGAGCCACGCGGCGCUGCUCGAGUCCUACCUGGCCGAGCCCUACGGGGACUACCGCCCGCCUGCCCUGACCCCAAGCCCGGGCUCUCUGUUCAGCGCCUCCCCGCUGCCGCCGCUCCUGCCGCCGCCCUUUCCCAGCGACCCGGCUCACUUGGUAUUUAGGGACUCGUGGGAGCAGACAGUGCCUGAUGGCCUCAGCCAGACGGACCCCAUGCCCGCCGAUACUCUACAGACCUUGCCGCCCAGCACCAGCUGCCUCUCCCAGCUCGAGUCAGGAAGUGCCACACAGCACAGGAGCUCCACCUGGGGGACCUCCCUUGCUGGCACUCAGUCCUAUUCUCUGCACACGCUGGAGGAUCUGCACAACACAUCUGGGUACCCCACCCCACCUCCUUACCCUUUUACCCCUUUCAUGACAAUGUCAAAUGACCUACCACCAAAGGUGGUACCUCUCUCCUCAGAUGAGGGGACAGACCCCUCUUCCCUUCAUGACCAUUCAACUUGGACCAAAGAAGACGGGAGUGUGGCCUGGGGGUCAUACGAAUGCCGCAGAGCUUACUGA